GGUUCAAUGUCUCUGGACUUCACUCUCUCUUCUCUAAGAUAAUUUGCAUGAUUAGACAAUGAUUAGCUAGAGGAAGGAAGCCUUUUGAUUACUGUUCCUCUUUCUUGGGUUUUGUCUGCAUUCCUCAAAAGCGUGCUCAUUUAUGAAGUUUACUUUAGACUACUUGAUUCUCUGUGGUUCUUUUGGGGUGGGGCUUAAGAGAGUGAGCAAAACCCUGCCUGCCAAGAGGCUUUAAUUUCUUUAUCGAAUCAUUUUCCCAUUCUGGUCAAUAUCUUGCCACAGUAGUCCUGGUUAUGGUUUCUCUAUACGAACACUAUAGCACUUCUUGAGCAAUAUAUCUGCUAAGGUCCUUUCUUGAUUUCAAGUUUCAACUAUGAAGCGAUUCAGUUCCUCAGAUUCAUUUGCUGCUUUAGUCUCCAUCUCUUCUUCCAAAGAGGAGAAGACUCAAAAAUCAACCCAAGGGUUCACUAGAGAGUUUCAGGCAAUGUUAGAGAGCCUAGAAGAAGAAGAAGACUACACCGAAGACGUUACCCACACUACUGAGAAAAAAAGAAGGUUAACCCUGGAUCAAGUCAAAGCCUUGGAGAAGAAUUUCGAGGUGGAAAACAAGCUUGAGCCAGAGAGAAAGCUGAGAUUAGCAGAAGAAUUAGGCCUCCAACCACGACAAGUAGCCAUUUGGUUCCAAAACCGCCGUGCCCGUUGGAAGACUAAACAAUUGGAGAGAGAAUAUGUCGCCCUUAAGGCCAAUUAUGAAGCUCUAAAACUUAAUUACGAUAAUCUUGAAAGACAGAACGAAUCUCUAACUCUACAGUUAAAUGAAUUGAAAGCAAAGCUCAGGGAAGAAAAUGCAGACAGCAGUCACUCUGUCAAAGAAGAGUGCCCUGUUUCAGAGUCAGAGAACAACGUUUCAGUGCAGAGUCAGAGCCAUGAAUUCAGUGACAACAACAAUUCCAACCCAACCUUUAGAGACCAGAACAAUGGUUUAUCUUCACACACAUUGAUGAAUUGGAUUCAGUUAUCAGAAUCAAGAACCAUUUUGGGCAGUGGGUUUCAAGUAUAUCAACCCCAUGUUGUCAAACUGGAAGAGCAAAAUUUGUUCAGUACAGAGGAAUCCUGCAAUUUCUUUUCAGUUGAUCAAGCUCCCACCCUGCACUGGCACUUUCCCUGAGCAGUAAAUACUAGCUUAGUGCUUAGAAAAGAAUAAAUUGGUAUUGGAGAAAUGGUGGAUUGGGACUUCAUUCUUGCUCUCCCAUUGCAAAAAAAUGGCGGGAGAAGUGAAGUUAAACACAAUUUACCUCUGCUGUAAAGAACAUAAUGUUCGGUAACCAAUACGGGUUAAGUCACUUUCUGUCAGCUAAAUUAAGCAGUGUUAAUCUCAACUGUUUAUUGGAUUACAAAGAAGCUAGUACUUUGCCUUGUAAGUUGCUUUUGCAUGACUAUCGACCAAAUAUAUGACUCCAUUUUGAUGCCCCACCCACUGGGGUAUUCUUCCA